CAGAAACCCCGUGGUAGAAUGCGACGGCUGACAGCAGCACUCGUUUUAGACCACCCGCGAAUUGAGCCUUCGAGACGGCGAGACGGCGUUUCUCAAUCAGCGUCAACUUGACGACAGAACACGAGCUACCAAAAGAUCUCCAAGCACGUCGACGGCAACCGAACUCCAGCUAAGCUUUCCAGCCAAGGUACCAAACCUCCAAUGGCGGUAGAUAAGCAUCCACUCGAGGAGCCCUCGAGUGGCUCUUCAGCCAACGAGUUGAGCGCUGCCGACAAGGCCCUGGCCGAGAUGGGAUACGCGCCUGUCUUCAAGCGCGAGUUCUCUAUGUGGUCAUGCUUUAGCUUCGCGCUGAGCAUAUCGGGCCUCUUCGCGACGGUUAUGACAACUUUCUCGUAUCCGUUGUAUGCUGGCGGUGGUGCUUCCGCAAUUUGGUGUUGGCUGAUCGCUGGGGCCGGAGCUCUGUGUCUUGCGCUGAGCAUUUCUGAGAUAGUCUCGGCUUAUCCAACUUCAGGGGCUCUGUACUUUACGAUCAAAUACCUGGCGCCGGAGAAAUACGUCCCCAUUGUCGCAUGGAUUGACGGCUGGCUCAACCUCAUCGGACAAAUUGCCGGCAGCGCCUCAUCUGAAUAUGGAGCCGCCCAAAUGCUUUUAGCAGCAGUGGCCAUAGGUUCCUACGACGGGACCAAUUUCAUCUACGAACCAUCGACGUACCACAUCUACGGCGUCAUGGCCGGCCUGAUCAUCUUCCACGCCUGCAUCAAUACUCUAUCCACUUCCUGGCUGAACCACCUCGCCAAGACUUAUGCCGUCUUUCACAUCGCCGUCCUCAUCGCCGCCUGCGUUUCUUUGCUCGUCAUGCAGAAGGAUAAGCAUAGUGCGCAGUACGCCUUCACACAGGUGGAACCGGCAUCCGGCUGGAGUCCCCCCGGGUUCUCUUUCUUGUUUGGGUUUCUCUCAGUUGCCUGGACGAUGACCGAUUAUGACGCUACUGCUCACAUAGCAGAAGAGGCAAAGAAUCCAGAAACAAUCGUCCCGAAAGCCAUCUCCACGGCUCUUACAUUUACCUACGUUGUGGGGUGGUUGUUCAACAUCGUGUUGGUGUUUUGUAUGGGCGAUCCUGCGGAAAUCCUGGCGAGCCCCAUCGCUCAACCGGUCGUCCAGAUCUUCUUCAAUGUCAUGGGAAAAGGCCCGGCAAUAUUCUUUGCCGUGUCGGCGUUCAUAAUCAUGAACUUUGUUUGCAUAACGGCUUUGCAGGCGGGAUCCCGGACAAUUUGGGCUUUCAGCAGAGACGAGAUGCUGCCCGGCUCGUGGAUCUGGUACAAGAUCUGGAAGAAGACAGAUACCCCUGUCUUGGCGGUGUGGUUCUACUCUCUGCUCUGUAUUCUGAUCAACCUGAUCAGUUUGGGAAGCUACAUCACCAUCGCCGCCGUCUUCAACAUAUGCGCCAUUUGCCUGGAUUGGUCCUACUGCAUCCCCAUAAUCUGCAAGAUCUUCUUCAACAAGUUCGAGCGCGGCCCGUGGCACCUCGGCAAAGCGAGUAUCUACGUCAAUUCAUGGGCCUGUAUUUGGACUGCCUUCGUCUCGGUCAUUUUCAUGUUUCCCACAGUCAUGCCGGUUGACCCUAGCACAAUGAAUUAUGCCGUCGUGAUUCUGGCUUUUGUCUUCCUUCUGGCAACCGGAUAUUGGUUUGUUGCGGGCCACAAGUACUACAUAGGACCUCGAACUCACGCACGUGUUGUCAGCGGGGCGGUCAUUGAGGAACCUAGCCUGGAGGUGCUGCAGGAUUACGAGAAGGCAGUCGCGGCGUCUGGGCGACAGAUUUAGACAAGCGUCGUUAGACUGCGGGAGUUAGUAAAGGCCACAUAGCUGCAGUUUCACUCAUGUCUACAUCUUGCGAUCUUGUACAAUAUUGAUCCAGUUCACUAGACUGAUGUCCUGGCUAUUCUUCUUGCAAGUAUUGGGCUGUAUACGUGGCUAGCUCCAAUAUCACUUACAUCUCUCUUCACAUGCACCCAAUCCCUGGCUGAUCCGCAGUGACUUCUACGACGUCAAUCCCCCGCUCGUCAAG